AUGGUUGAAAAGAAGAGCACGAUAAACUACGAUUACUAUAAUGAAGAUGAUUCAUUUUCAUGCUGGGGUGCACUGGCUAUGUGGCGCGUCUCGAGGUGGUGGAUAGGGGAAAGGACCUUUGACCCAAAGGCUAGGUGUACUGCUUACAACAGUGCUUGCUCUCUUGGGAUAAACUGCAACCGCGCUGCCUCGUGUGCUUCCAGCAAAAAGAAAAAAAUACCCUAUUCUCUGGAAGACCUUAAAUGGUCAAGAGGUGAAAUAUCUAGGAAGUACGAAACAGUUGUUGCGGAAAAUCUGGCGUCCUCCCUGGAAUAUCAGACUUGGCACUUUAAAUACUGGAUCGCUUACUGGACGUUCCAUGGAGAUCGUCGAAAUGCUGGAAAGGCGAAGGGUGGACAUCGGUUUUCUGCAGGAAAUAAGAUGGAAAUUAAAUGGUGUCUCUCAUUGGGAGUUACAAGUUGUUCUGGAAUGGCCAAAAGACAGUCCAAAAUAGAGUGGGAAUCUUCAUACGGGAAUCACUGGCACAAAAUGCACUGGAGAGUUAAAGCAAAUGGUUCCACGGUGUCCAUGAAGCCUUUGGCUACGGGUCUCGAAACGAAGACGAUGUGCGAAUUCUGGAACUUGCUGAAAGCCAUGAACUCUCCCUGUUGA